AUGCCAGAACAAAUUACACUUGGUUCUACCACUGUUGGUAGAAGUGUUUUUGGCAUUAAUCCUUCCUUGUUGAAAGGAGGAACCAUUGCUCAAACAGUUUAUAUUGAGAUUUUAAACAGAGCUCCUGAAUUGAUCGAUUUGGCGUAUACUGUGAGCAAGAAUUCUAUUAAGAAUGCAUUUGAUGUUUUCAGCUAUGUCAGUGAUAAUGGUGGAAUGAUUUCUGAUCCUGACACUAGUGAUACUUUAACUGUGGUUGGUGUUGGAUCAUCAGCUGUGAAUGACUCUUCCAUUAGCUAUGAUUCUCUCUAUGUUUAUUAUACUCCACCCACUGGUUUCAAUAGUGAAGAUUCAUUCACAUACGCAGUCAGUGAUGGUAAUUCAACUGUGAGUGCCAAUAUCAAAGUUACAGUUGUCAAUGAUGCUCCAGUGUGUACUCCUGACUAUUUUGUUGUUGCAAAGAACACAAAGACUGUUCUCAAUGUGUUAGCCAAUGACUACGAUAUCAAUAGCGAUACUAUUACCAUCUAUUCUGCUGGUUCUGGUUCUGUUGGUACUCUUGUCAUAUCUGAUGAUAAGCAAAACAUUUCAUACAUACCACCUCCACAAAUUGAGCCUCAAAUUGACUCAUGGGAAUAUCAAAUUACUGAUGGUUCUCUCUAUGGAAGUAGUUUUGUGUUUGUUAAAAUUGUGAAUACUCCUCCAACAGGUGGUGAUCGAGUUUUCAAUGUACCAAAGAAUUCUACAAACAACAUUCUUGAUUUGUCCUACACAGAUGAAGACAUGCUAGAUACAGUCUAUGUUUCAAUGCUUACAAAACCAAGUCGAGGCUCUUUCCAACUUGUUGAAUAUUCUGCGAUUGACCAAGUCAAUUACCCAACCCAAGACUUUUACUCAGUGACAACCAAUACUUACAAGUUGAUCUAUACACCAGAGAGUGGAACUGUUUAUUCAGAAAGCUUCCAAAUUAAGAUUUCUGACACCAUUGAUGUUGUUACUGCCAAGAUUACCAUCAAUGUGGUUCCUGUUGCACCAGUUGCUGUCAAUGAUACUGCUUACUGUUCAAAGAACUCCAAUGUAACAGCGAAUGUCGUCUCCAACGAUUACAGCACAUCUGGAGAUGUUUUAAAGCUCAGUUUUACCUCACUGGAAACUCUUUACGGAGGAGAAAUUAGAAUGUUGGAUGACAAUAAUGUCAUUUAUAUUCCUGCUACAAAUUUUGUUGGAACGGACUAUGCUCCUUAUUAUGUUAACAAUACCAAUUCAGAUGGAUCUACAGAUGGAAUUUUCCAAUCUACUGGUUAUUUGAUUGUCACUGUGGCUAAUACUCCACCAAUUGCUGUGGCUGAUUCUUUCAC